AUGGCUCCUAAGUCGGCUAUUGUCUUCGGCGCCAGCGGUGUCUCUGGCUGGGCGUUUGUGAACCAGUUGUUGAACGAUUAUCCUUCGCAAGGCACAUGGGGUCAGGUCCAUGCAUUGUUCAACAGACCCCUUUCUCGCGAGAAGUUAGUUUGGCCGAACACCGAGAGACUGAGCAUCGUGUCAGGCGUGGACCUCCUCGGCUCCAGUCAGGAAGAACUUACGGCGACGUUGAAGAGCCAGGUGCCGGGCAUUGAAAAAGUGACCCAUGCGUACUUCCUGGCCUACAAGGCGAGCUUGACGGACGCUCUCCAAGAGGUCAGAGAUAAUGAGAAAUUGCUGCGGCAAGCCAUCACGGCCUUAGACAGCCUCGCCCCCACGCUUGAAUUUGUCGUCUUGCAACAUGGCGGCAGAUACUACGGGUUGCACCUUGGGGAAGACCGUCCCACAGACGGCAUUUUUCCCCCUUACAAAGAGAAUAUGCCAAUGAUCCCUCAGCCGUUUCGCGACGAGCUGUUUUACUACGCACAACUAGAGUGGUUGGAAUCUUAUGCGGCAGACAAGAAGUGGGGUUGGUGUGAGACUCGGCCUGAUAUCGUCAUUGGGUUUGCUCCCGGCCACAACGCCUACAACCUCGCAGCAACCAUCGGCGUCUUCUGCAGCCUGUUCCGAGAAAUUCAUGGCGAGGGGGCUGAGUGCCCUUAUCCCGGAACGGCGAAGAGCUGGAAAGCAAUCUGGAGCAGCUCAAGCUCUGACAUGCUUGCCCGACAGGCUAUUCAUGUGUCAUUGACCCCGCCAUACAGCCAACAAAAGGGUGAGGCCUAUAACGGAGCAGAUUCGUUGGAACCGUCUACCUGGAGCGAAAGGUGGCCUGCAAUUUGCUCGUACUUCGGGCUGAAGGGUGUCAAGCUAGAAGCCGAUGAUCCGAUCGAGAUGAGGGCCUUCAUCAAAGAAAACCACAAGGCGUGGGAGAGCAUGGAGAAGAAGUAUGACCUACAGCGCGGCUUUGCCGAAAGGCCUUUCCAGGUUCCCACAUGGGAGCAUGCUAUGGUGUCGGGGAUGGACUUUGACCGGCCUUAUGAUGUUAGUAAGAUAUACGGAACGGGUUUCACACAGGAAACAACUACGUUGCAGACUUGGAGCCCUGUCUUUGAAAGAAUGAGGGGCGCAAGAGUGAUCCCUUCGUCUUUUACUUAG